AUGGAGUGGGGCCCGCUGCAGCCGAUCCUGGGGCUGCUGACGCCCGAGCAGGGCCUGAACGACGGCGUGGAGGACCGCAAGCAGGCGGACGCCACGCUGGCGCAGGCGCUCACGGGCGAGGAGCUCACGGCGGCCGUGCGCGCGGCCUCCAUCGCGCAGCUGGACGCGGCGCUGGGGCACGAGGCGCUGGCGGUCGAGCGGCUGCCUCUGAGCGCCAACAAGGUGGAGCACGCGCGCCACGCCGACGACCUGGCGGACGCGCGCGCGUCGCUGCUGCUGCAGAUCUCGCGCCUGUUCCACCAGGUGCCCGUGGCCGUGGCCGCCAAGGAGAUGAAGAGGGUCUGCGCGCUCGGCGACCAGUACGCGCGCCUGGCCGUGGACUCGCAGCAGAGCGUCAAGACGGUCUUCCCGCUCAAGAGCUUCCUGCGCCGCUUCCACCAGCAGGGCCACGCCGUGCUCACGCCGCUGCACGCGCAGUUUUUCUAUUUAUGCCUGCACUCCAAGUGCUACUUUGCCGCCAUGGAGAUCCUCGACCAGACGUUGGUGGAGAUCCAUUCGCAGUCGCAUCUGAUGAACAGCGUGGACUUCCUGGGCUACGCGUACUACGGAGGGCUGUUGUAUCUCGGAGAGAAGCGGUACCAGGAGGCGCUGGACUUCUUCCAGCUCGCCAUCACGGCUCCGGCGCUUUCGCUCAGUGCCUUCGUCAUUGAGGCGUACAAGAAGCUGAUCCUGGUCACGCUCAUCCUGCGUGGAGAGCCCGUGAUGCUGCCCAAGUACGCGCCGUUCGUUGUCACACGUCACGUUGAGAACCACUGCACGCCGUACACGGAUUUGGCGACUGCCUUUGUGGUGGAGAAGGAGUUGGCAGCGGUGCAGGAGGUCGUCACCAAGCAUGAAGAGCUGUUUACCCAGGAGGGCAACUUUGGUCUCGUGAAGCAGGUAGUGGAGGCUUUCAAGCAGCGGAAGCUGCUGCGGCUCACGCGCACCUACGCGACCAUCGAACUGACGGAGAUCGCUGCGACGGCGGGUAUGGCUAACAGCGACGCUGUGGCUGCUGAGAAGAUGCUCCUGACGCUGAUCUCCAAUGGCCAGAUGGAUGCCGUGAUCGAUAAGCAGAAGGCGAUGGUGCGCUUCGUCCUUGAGGACGAGGAUGGAGGCGCCUACCAGGACGAAAAGCAGGGCGAAGCAACAAGGAAGCUGCAGGAGGAGAUGGAGAAGCUCGUGAUGGUAGCGUCGCAGCUGCGCUACAUGGACGUAGAGCUCGUGACCAGUGCCAAGUUCCAGUCUCGCAUGCAGAAGGAUAAGGACCGACGCUCGAGGAUUAACCUGCACAACCAGCAAGGCGACGAGCGGAUGAUCAUCGACGGCGCCAGUGGCAUGGACACCAUGGAGAGUCGUGAGUGA